AUGCCUUUCCGAGUUUUAGUUCCUAAACCAAAACAAUUUUCAACAAAACGAACUACUAAAAGAAUUGGAGUACAUUCCUUUUUAAGGAAAUCGUUCAACGAACGUUAUUACGUUACAACUUAUGACGCACAAAAGGAUUGGACAACAAUACUAUCACCCACACCGUUUGAUAUUUUCGCAUUACCAAGAACGGCGUCCGACGGAGAAAUAAAAAGCAGAUAUUAUGAAUUAGUUAAAACACAUCAUCCAGAUAAAUGUGGUGACAAUUCACCAGCUGCAUUGGAACGAUUUCGAAAAGUGGUGAAAGCAUACGAGAUUUUGAAUAAUCGACAGAAAAAAGCAAUGUACCUUAGAUAUGGAGUUGGAUGGGAUUCGCCAGUAGUUCAAAACGCCGCAACAUAUAAUGGGUCAUAUGGAAGUCGAUUUUCUAAAGGAUCAAGUUAUGCAUAUUAUCAAGGAUGGGAAGCAGAUAAAGAUACAUACAAGGGCGAAUUUUCUACAACAGAGAGGUUUAUGUCUAAUCCAUACUUUGCAGCAUUCGUAGUUACAGCAGCGAUAUUUGGAGCAGCAAUUCAAUACAUAAGAAUAGAAAAUUCUGUAGGGUGGAUUCGAGCUGCCGAGGAAAGACAUCAUCUUAAAGCAGCGAAUUAUUUGGCGACCGCAAGAAGAGAAGGGAAAUUAUAUGGAAAACGAAAAAAAGCUGAAAUGAUGUUGGAUUUACUUCAUGUUAAUGGAGUGAACGAUCAAAAUAUAUGUAAUAGUGCAAACAUAUCAAAUUCUUCAAUAGAGUAA